AGUGUUGGGCUAAGGGCUGACUGGCAGGGGGCAGGGGAGCUCAAAGAUCUGGGGCGCUGCCAGGAAAAGGCAAAUUCUUAAAGUUAAUGGUUUGGAGUGAUUUUUUAAAUCCUUGCUGGCGAAGAGGCCCGCCUCUCCCCAGUAUCAGCGCUUCCUCAUUCUUUGCCUCCGCGGCUCCGCGGUCUCGGCGUCAGACCAGCCGGGGGAAGGCUGUUUGCAAUUUAAGCGGGCUGUGAACGCCCAGGGCGGAGGGGCGGGGCCGGGCCCGGCCGUUUUGCAUAAAGGGGCGUGCCCCCCAGGCGGGCUCUAUAAGAGCGCGCGGAGGCGAGCGUGCGCGCAUUGCAAGCUGCUCUAGGGGCUUUCUGGCCUUUUCGCCCUGUCGCCACCUUUUGCAUCACUCCCCAGCAUGAAGGCGCUGAGCCCGGUGCGCGGCUGCUACGAGGCGGUGUGCUGCCUGUCGGAACGCAGCCUGGCCAUCGCGCGGGGCCGAGGCAAGGGCCCGGCGGCCGAGGAGCCGCUGAGCCUGCUGGACGACAUGAACCACUGCUACUCGCGCCUGCGGGAACUGGUACCGGGAGUCCCGAGAGGCACUCAGCUUAGCCAGGUGGAAAUCCUGCAGCGCGUCAUCGACUACAUCCUCGACCUGCAGGUGGUCCUGGCCGAGCCGGCCCCUGGGCCCCCAGACGGCCCGCAUCUCCCCAUCCAGACAGCCGAGCUCGCUCCAGAACUUGUGAUCGCCAACGACAAGAGGAGCUUCUGCCACUGACCCGGCCGUCCUGGCACCUCCAGAACGCAGGUGCUGGCGCCCGUUCCGCCUGGGACCCCAGGACCCUCUCCGGCCGGAAGCCCGAGGGCAUGGAUGGGCCCCAACCUCGCCCUGCCCACUUGACUUCCCCAAACCCCUGCCUGGAGGCUGGACCUGGUGCCCGGGAGAGGACUGUGAACUUGGGUGGCCUGAAGAGCCAGAGCUAGUUCUGGCCUCCAGCUGGGCAACGUCACCCUGCCCCCACCCCACCCCCAAGUUUUAAGGACUGUCUUUUCAGAGUGUGGAGGUGUUGGGGGGGGAGUGGCUGCUCUCCAAACUCUGCCAAGGUGGCGGUAGAGCUGGUCUUCUGGUCUCCUUGGAGAAAGGCUCUGUUGCCCUGAUUUAUGAACUCUAUAAUAGAGUAUAUAGCUUUUGUACCUUUUUUGCAGGAAGGUGACUUUCUGUAACAAUGCGGUGUAUAUUAAACUUUUUAUAAAAGUUAACAUUUUGCAUAAUAAACGGUUUUUAAACAGUUGUGUA